AUGGCAGAUGUCAACAACUCCCGUCUUAUCCAGCUGGAUCAUUACAUUCCAUCAGACUGGUAUACACUCAUCACUGAUCCAAACAGGGCAGACCAUGCUUCUAAUGUGUUUUUUCAUAUUCUACCCAAGAAAGGAAAGUUGAAUGACACUUACCAAAAGCUCAAGACUGUUCCACAUCUAUAUACAUACCUUAAAGAAGAAAUACCUGAAGAGUUUCAUUACAGGCAUAACCAACGUGUCAUGCCGAUUUUCAUUGUCAAAGAAGAAGGAUGGACCAUUACAAAAAACAAGUCGAAAAUUGACAGUCGUGGUAACCAUGGCUACAGUAACCAAUUCCCUGAUAUGCACCCCUUUUUUCUUGCCCAAGGACCUGCAUUCAAAGAAAGCUUUGUUUCAGAACCAUUUGAAAAUGUGAAUAUAUACUCUCUUAUGUGUCAUAUUUUAUACUGGGCAUUGAACCAGCCCCAAACAAUGGUUCUUUAA